UGUUUCUUUUUAGCCCUGACACCUUCAUGAGGAGAAAGAUAGAUCCCCAACAUAAUGGCACUGAGGCCACUGAGUUCAUUCUUCUGGGUCUGACCAGCCAGCCCGAGCUGCAGCCCAUCCUUUUUACAGUGUUUCUCCUGAUUUAUCUCAUCACACUCACCGGAAACUUCGGGAUGAUUUUUCUGAUCAGAUUCACUCCCCGGCUGCAAACCCCCAUGUAUUUCUUCCUCACCCAUUUAGCAUGUGUGGACAUUUUCUACUCCACUAACGUCUCCCCACAGAUGCUGGUCAAUUUCUUAUCUGAGAAGAAGAGCAUUUCCUACGCUGGGUACCUGAUCCAGUGUUUCGUGUUUGUGACUUUGCUGCUCACCGAGUACUACAUGCUUGGUGCCAUGGCCUACGACAGAUACGUGGCCAUCUGCGACCCUCUCCGUUACAGCAGCAAGAUGUCCAGGCCCGUGUGCUUCUGCCUGGUCACCUUGCCCUACCUCUGGGGGUCCGCAGUGGGUACCAUGCAGGUAACCCUGACCUCCCGCUUGUCCUUUUGUGACUCCAACACCAUCAACCAUUUCUACUGCGCGGACCCCGCGCUCUUAAUGCUGACGUGUUCUGACACCUCGGUAAAGCAAACGGCCCUGUUCGUGUCCGCAGGGAUAAACCUCACCAGUUCCCUGCUCAUCAUCCUCACCUCCUACGUCUUCAUCUUCACCACCAUCGCGAAGAUCCGCUCCAGCGAGGGGCAGCGCAGAGCCAUCUCCACCUGUGGCUCUCACCUAACCGCAGUGUCUAUGUUCUACGGCUCCCUCUUCUGCAUGUACCUGAGACCCGCAAACAAACAGUCCGUUGAGCAGGGGAAAGUGGUGGCAGUGUUUUGUAUCUUUGUGAGCCCCAUGCUGAAUCCCUUUAUCUACAGCCUGAGGAACAAGGACGUGAAGCAGGCUUUGAGAGGAGUGUUUGUUAGGAACCCUAUUAAAAUAGAGAAAACUUCAAUACCCGCAGUCUCCCACUGA